CAUUGGCUACUCUUCAGUGGCACUCGUAGGCGGAAACAAUGAGCAGUUUUGGUUAGGCCAAAGUGAAGAUAGAAACUCGUGUUUUGUGGAGUUUUUUGUGGUUAUUUUUUAUUUUUUUUAACUUGGGAGUGUUGCCUCUCUGUUUGUAUUUGGAGCCGAAGGUUUUUUUGGGGUGAGGGGGUUUGUACCCUUUGGUAAUCAUGGAGAGACUUCCUGUCGCUGUCGUACUGCUGUCGCUUCUGAAAGUGUCAGCAUGCGUUCAGGUGAUCGUUCCCUACACGCAGUACAGCACGCUUUUGUUUGCCAAAGUGGUCCUUCGCUGCGACUACUCCACCUCUGCAAACCCCCAAAACGUUAUUCUCACAUGGACUUUCAAGUCUUUCUGCAUGGACCCUGUACUGCAGUAUUACUCCACAGCAUACCAGGCUCAACUACAGUUGGGACAAGAUCCAUCAAAUGACUGUCCAGACCGUGACCGGACAAUACGCACUGUGGUCCAGAAAACAGGAAGCAACCAGCCUAUACUGGGAACAGAGUACCAGGAACGGAAGAUUUCCGUCCAAAACCUGGCAGAUCUGGUGAUCAAUGAGGUGAUGUGGUGGGACAACGGGAUGUAUGUCUGCAAUGUUAAUGCUCCUGGAGACACCAGUGGGAUCACUUCCAAAGAAGUCAAACUCAUUGUCUACAACUGGUUGACUGCGUUGCUCAUCAUCAUCGGUGCCCUCCUUCUCAUCAUGCUCUUAUGCAUCUGCUGCUGCCAGUGCUGCCCUCAGAUAUGCUGCUGCUAUGUCCGCUGUCCCUGCUGCCCACAGAGGUGCUGCUGUCCUGAGAAAGCUGUGAUGCAGCAUCGUAUGGUGAAGCAGGCUCAGAAGGCCAUGAAUCCUUGGUUAGGAGGACAACCAAUAUAUGCACCACUGAGCCACGCCUCCAGCCAGAUGAACCCAAUGCUCUACGCUGGGUCUGUUGCAGGGAGCAACAUCCCUUUAAAGACUAUGCCUCUCCCUCCUCCUCAGUCUUCAGCUUACAGCAUGCCCCCUCCCAGUGUCCAAGGUAACCGCACACCAGCCAAUAACAAUCACAUGCUCGAAUACCUGGAGAACCAAGUGAGGGGGUUGGACAUGACCAGUCCUCUUCUACAGUCCCAGCCAGCCCCCCCAUCUCACGCCCAGCACUAUGCACCUCCUGCCCAGCAAUACGCGCCUCCUUCCCACCACAUGCCUGUCAAUGUCCCAUUUUCACCAGGCCCCCCCAGCAUGAUCUCUGCCCUCAACGAUGGCCCAGCAGAGCGUCGUGUCAUUACGCUUCCGCCAAUAAGAGAGUCGCAGUUAGGCAGAGUUCCACCUCCUGCGCCCAAGACCCGGCCACCGAGUUCCAGCGAGAGCAGCCGCAGUGGCUACACUCGUCGCGACGAGCAAGGGGGAGCGGGCAGACGUUACCCGUCACCUACCAGAUCUAGAGGUAUUCCCCGGAGCUACAGCGAGGAGUCACUGGAUGGGCGGGGUCGCAGCCGGGCACGAGAAGGCAUGGACCGCCCUCGAUCCCGUUCCAGGGAUGACUUGUUUGACAGCAGGUCCAGAGGGAAUUACUCUCCCCCAGCAGCACAACACUCGAGGGGAGGGUCCUGGAGCUCAGAUGAGGGAAGCAGCAGAAGAGGGGCGGUGGGAGGUGCAAGGAGAGGAGGUGGAGGCUGGUCCGAUAAACCUCCCAGUUACACAGAGUAUGAGCCGGGACAGAAACCAGGAGCACGAAGAAAUGAUUAUUACUCUGAUAAGGCGUCUCGCAGUGGGAACAGCAUCGUCAUCUGAGCCCUCCAUCUGCGAAACACACUGACUUCUGUUUCAGAGAGCAAGCCAACUCAUUAGCCUGUUGUCUGGCUCUGGGUAAACCCUUUAUAUGCCCAUAUAUAUUUUAUUUUAUUUCUUUUUUUUAAUCUGUGAAAUGACUAACACUUUGUACAUCUGAUGAAGGACAUAAACUCUGAGAUUGAAAAAUCCAGAUAUUCGUCAUGCUUUCCCCUCUUACAGGUGGAUAGAGGUCAAAUGGCUCAUGAGAGAAGGGAAACCUUUUAAAUUAAAUUAAACCAAAUCAUGAUUGUAACUCUGAAGAAAUUGUGGUAAUACUCCCCUCGGCUGGUUUGUUAGUCUAAAGAAAUUAUUCAGAAGGAAAUUUGGACUAAAAGCUUGUUGCGUGUUUUUUUUGUGUGCUGAAGCUCUAUUUAUUUGGUAGUUAAUUCAUAUAAGGGAUAAAGUCAUGAAACAAACGCUACAAGGUGCAAAAGCAAAGUCUCUCAGGGUGAGUAAGCAUUUUUGUUUUUGUUACAUUAUAAUUUAUAGUUUAAACCACAUCAAUAUGAUUAACUUUUAAUGCUUUUGUUAAAUCACAAAAUAUUGCUUUCACAUCUCUAUAAUGUCUUUAGUGUCUUUUGUAUUUGCUAUAUUUUAAAAGAAAAUGCAUACAUUGCUUGGCUAUGGUUAGAAAAUGCAUGUGUGCAUAACUUGUAUUUAGGAGAUACUAGGAGUAAAUUAGUCAUACAGUCAAUGGAGUGACGGACCUUUUUGAUUCAUUCACUAUUAUUACAAGCUAUUUUUUCUCUUUUUAAAAAAACUGUACAGUCACUUUGUCAUAGUACUUCAAUAAGUCUUUGACAUCUGGGGUACAACGUACCUGUGAGUUGCUCUUCUUCCUGUUUGACCUUUGAGCAACUUGAUAGUCGCACAUGGUGUGUCGAUAAGGGCUUCAAAUCUUUGCGAUGUUCCACAUGUAGAGAGAAAUCAUCAAAGUAGGUUGCCAUAUCUUAUCACACUGCCACUGUUUUCUUGACAGCCAUAGUUUUUAAUAUUCUGAACUAUUUGCAUAUCUAAAUAUAGCCUUAAAUGCAAAAGCAAUAUCAAAGUAUGUAUCCAAAACCUAUAAAUUAUCAGACAUCGACUGUACACCCCAAACCCCAAAACAAUUCACAGUAGAACUGUAAAACUUCUAAAAGCCUAAAUAUGAUGCAAAUUAAAGCUGAUGGCAGGACGGUUUAUGUAAAGGUGAAGGUGUUGCAGGGGAAUUAUAGUUUUGGGGUGUUUUUUGUUUGUUUGUUUGUUUGUUUUUUGUUGUUUUUUUGUUUGCUUGUUUGUGGGCUUUUUACAUACUGGCAAAGUCAGUUGUUUUUGCGCUUUAAUGUCGAUUUUCUUUCUUUCUUUUUAUUGUCUUAAUGUCAUUUUCA